GGUAAUCUAUGGGGCUGGGGUUGAUCCUAUGGGGAAUCUAUGGGGCUCAGGUUGAUCCUAUGGGUCAAUCUAUGGGGUUGGAUCGCCCUUUUGUGUCCCACGCUGUCAGAACUACAACUCCCACAAUCCCCUUCGUGUCCAAAGCCUCACUUCCGGUAAAGCCGGAAGUGUGGAGCGGCGCUCACAUCCGUCGCGCGUAAUACGCGUCACUUCCUGCUUGGCGCUAAACAAGAUGGCGGCGCCGAUCCGCGUUCGGCAGAACCCGGAAGUGCCGGGGUCGGUUCGGGUCCAAUUGCUGCCGUGUUCGGUUCGGUUCGACGGAGCGGCGCCUGUUAAAGCCUUUAUGAGGGAGCGGAACGGACCGGAUGGGGAACUUUGGGCCUCGUUCCGUGGGCGUCGCUUGGGGGGCAGAGAGCGGCUCCUGCCCCACGGAUACAGGGGGGGCGUCCUGCAGCGCAGCCCCACACAUGGCUCCGACGGCGACACACAGGAGGUGACGCUGACGGCGACGUUCAACUCCAUCACAGAGUGGGGGGCUGACAGCGUCCCCCCCCCACUUGGGGGGCUGGCCAAUGCAUUGCAAUGGGGGCCACUGGCACAGGCGAUCCAUUCAUCAAUCCCAGUGAAUGACAGCGAGGAGGAGGCGGAGCCAUAAGAGACCACGCCCACAAAGGGGCGGGGCCUACACAAAGCCCCUCCCACCGCCAUUAAAACCAAUGGGGCCAAAAAUGGGCGGAGCCAACGGAGACCACGCCCCUCAUCCAAUGCGCUGCCACAUUGUGGGCGGGGCUUCGAGAAGACCACGCCCCUCCAAGUGGGUGGAGCCAACUGAGACCACGCCCCCAAUAAAGAUUCUUUUUAUAUCCACCAAUGGGAUUUAAUGGCGGCCAGCUUGUGGGCGGAGCUUCGAGAAGACCACGCCCUUAAAGUGGGUGGAGCCAACUGAGACCACGCCCCCUUUAUCUCCACCAAUGGGGUUUAAUGGGCGCCUUAUCUUGUAGGCGGAGCCAACUGAGGCCACGCCCCCAAUAAAGACCUUCCAUAUCCUUUAA